AAAACCGUGAUGCCCCUUCGGAAGAGGAUAUUGACGACGAUGAGGGUGCGCCGUUUCAGGAAGAAGAAAGUCCAGCCACAACACGACAAUUCAAGGACAUACAACAACCAGUGCGCACUAAAAUGGCAGCAACCAGUGUCAACGGUGCAAAGAUUACAUCGGGCAAACAAGAGGCCAAAGCGUGCGAGUUUGUGCGCACAUCCCUCAAAAAUACAGAACUUUCUCUAAAUUAUAGACUGGUGGAAACCACACAUUCGACUACGAAGUAUAGAAUGGUAGCAGUGAGCAUACAAUUUAUGGAUACGCAGACACUUGCUGAUUUCAGCCCUCUGGAGUAUAGUCGCAGAGCCACUUCAUUUAGCUUCACCCACAAGAUUCCCGCUGCAUUCAUAGAGCUGCACGAUUACGUCACGCAGGACGAUACACCAAGAAAAGAGAAAGAGGAAAUCGGCCUGGUUAUCACAUUCACAGAAGACGCAGUGGGUGGAGAAGGUCGACCAGGCCGACAGGCUUACAUCAACUUUCACCCGGCAACACUGAUGUUAUGA